UUGGGGACCCUCAAUUUUACUUAGUACUCCUUUACUUAUAUGCUUUGUCAUUUUCAAUUUCAAAACAUCACCUUCCAAUCCUUGGAUUCUUUUGCUUGUGCUUAUUCUAUCAUAUUUACACUACUUCUACUCUAAGUUAACCAUAUAUCACGAACUCUGAUGCUCACAUAUAACUGCUCAUUGACUACUUUGCAGAGGAUCCCAAUUUUCCUAAUAAACGCGUCUUCGACCAAAACGCGGUUUGUUUUGAUUAUAAAAGGGUCUGCUUUCUUUUGGUGCGAGAGUUCGUUAAAAGUGACAGAUUGGGGUCGAUAAGAAGUCGAUAGAUUAAUUAUUCAAUCCUGAGUUUGAUUCUAACCGCAAUAAUUUAUGGGCAAUUGCUUUUCCGACAACGGCAGCGCUAUGACUGCUGUCGGCGCAACUGCCGCUACCACCAGCGCCGGGGCUUCAAACCAAGUCGUUGACUUAUUCCUCAAGUCUCGGGGCUUCCUGCGACUCUACUCUCAGAUCGAGUUAUCAUUUUCGGCUAGUGACUUGCGCGACCGAGAUGUGCUCUCCAAGAGUGAUCCCAUGCUGGUGGUUUAUACAAAAGCUAGAGAUGGAGCAGUUAUUGAAGUGUGCCGUACUGAAGUAGUCCUUAAUUCUGUAAGUCCAUCAUGGAUUACAAAGUAUACAAUUACAUAUCAAUUCGAGGUUGUGCAAACCUUACAAUUUCGUAUAUAUGAUGUUGACACUCAGUUUAACAACACAGAUGUAAAGAUGCUUAAGUUGGAGGAACAGCAAUUUCUUGGUGAGGCUACUUGUACAUUGUCAGAGAUUGUCACCAAACCAAACAGGUCACUGACCUUACAACUUGUGCGCAGAGAAGAUUCUGUCACAUCAACCUGUCCGCAACACUAUGGAAAGCUUACUGUGCAUGCUGAAGAAUGCAUAGAGUCAAAGACUACAACAGAGUUGAUAUUAAGGUGUUCAGAUUUGGAAUCUAAGGAUCUUUUCUCUAAGAAUGACCCCUUUCUUGUGAUAUCAAAAAUCAUGGAAGGUGGGAUGCCAAUCCCUGUGUGUAAAACAGGUCUGAAGAAUGAAAUGAAACCAGUGUGGAAACCAGUGUUUUUGAAUAUUCAACAAGUUGGAAGCAAGGAUAGUCCAUUAAUAAUAGAGUGCUUUAACUUCAAUAAUAAUGGAAAGCAUGAUUUGAUUGGCAAGGUUGAGAAAUCACUAUCAGACUUGGAAAAGCUUCAUUCUAAUGGCCAAGGAGAAUAUUUGUCUCUACCAACUGCAGUUGGGCAUAAUUACCACAGCAAGGUUCUGAAGAGCCAGCUAUUUGUGGAUAAGUUUUCAGAGUGUGUUCAAUAUACUUUCCUUGAUUACUUCGCUGGGGGUUUUGAACUGAAUUUCUUGGUGGCUGUUGAUUUCACAGCUUCAAAUGGAAAUCCCCGCCUCCCUGAUUCCUUGCAUUAUAUUGAUCCCUCUGGAAGGCCAAAUGCGUAUCAGAGGGCAAUCUUAGAAGUUGGAGAGGUUUUGCAAUUUUAUGAUACAGAUAAACACUUUCCUUCUUGGGGUUUUGGGGCACGGCCAAUCGAUGGUCCAGUUUCUCAUUGCUUCAACUUAAAUGGAAGCAGUACAUACUGUGAGGUGGAAGGAAUCCAUGGAAUUAUGAUGGCAUAUACAAGUGCCCUCUUUAAUGUAUCUCUUGCUGGGCCAACACUUUUUGGACCUGUCAUUAGCCAAGCUGCACAAAUUGCUGGCCAAUCUCUUGCCAAUCGUGGGCGAAAAUACUUUGUUUUGUUGAUAAUCACGGAUGGAGUAGUAACAGAUCUCCAAGAAACCAAGGAUGCUCUAGUGAAAGCAUCUGACCUACCAUUGUCAAUCCUUAUUGUGGGAGUAGGAGGUGCUGACUUCAAAGAAAUGGAGAUUUUAGAUGCAGAUAAAGGAGAGAGACUUGAGAGUUCAACUGGGCGUGUUGCUUCUCGUGAUAUAGUCCAAUUCAUUCCUCUAAAGGAUGUACAGAGUGGAGAGGUUUCCGUUGUUCAAGCACUCUUAGCAGAGUUGCCAACUCAGUUUUUAACCUACAUGCGGAGCCAAGAUAUCCAACCAAGUUUUUGAAUUGUAUAAACAGUGUACAUACUGAAAUUUAAGUUUCUAUCAUUGAUUUUCAUGCCAAAAGUUUCCCUUUCUGUCACCAUGCCAAUGCCACACCAUGGUCAUCAGGCCAAGUUCUUAGUCAGAAAGGUAAGUUUGUACCGCACCUUGUCUAUCUGGAAAACAUCUGCAUUUUGGUUAUCCCAUUUGAUCAAAAACUAAUCAAGCAGCAGACAAAAGGUUGCCACCAAUCAGCUCCAGUUGGGCGCAUAAUUUGUUGCCAUUUUCAGAAGUGUUGGAGUACUAGUUUACCCUGCCUGCGGGACUCACACGUAUAUCUAUUUCUGGAAUUGGGAUUUGGGACCAACAGCAGUAUCAAUUGGAGGCCCGUAUAGACUUACAGUUGAGCAACAAAUAUAUUGUCUUCUCCUGUUUACAAGGAAUGGCGGAAUCUUCAUUUCUCUGAACCUUGUUUUUGCGGUUUUGUUGUAAGGAUUUCACUUUCAACUAUAUAUCUCAUGUAUUUGAGCUUAAUGCAGCAGAAGUUGUGGAGCCAAUUUACUAGGCUCAAGAAAUCAAGGUGUCAUUUUAUA